CUCGUUUGUUGAUGUUUGAGCCCUGGUUUGAGGUGUGCGUGUUGUUCUUACGAAUUUACGAAUGUGUCGACUAUAUCUUUUGUGCUAUACAAGAUGUAAACACUACAAAUAGUUCAUGAAUCUGUGCUGAUUCUGAUGUCGAUGAUAUGAGAUGGGGUGUGUACAAACAAAAGACACUCGAUACACGGCGGGUGAGAGGUCACAGGAAGGACAUAAAGAUGAUGAAAGCGGCGACGCAGAGAAGAUAAAAAGGACUGCUCUGGAAGGUGACAUUACAGCUGCCAGGGAAGAAAGUCAUUAUCUUCUGGAAAUUGAACAAUACCAUGAAGCAAUAUCAAUGCUCGAUCAACGAUUACAAUUGGAAAGAGACCUCUAUGGGAAAAAAAAUGCAAAUGAAAAUGUGGCCAUCACCCUUGGAUAUCUCGGUGAGGCGUGGUUCAAAUUGGAAAACUAUGGGAAGUCACAGUUGUACCUCUAUGAAGCUCUAAAUAUGUGGAAGGAAAUGUAUUCCAAUUAUGCAGCAUACAAUAAUGAAGACUUGGCUAAACUGUUAACAAACUUGGCCAAUGUUUGCGAGAAAAACAAAGACUUCCCAAGUGCAGUGAAAUAUCAUGAGCAAGCAUUAAGAAUGAAGAAAGCAAUAGAAGCUGGUAUGGCGCUCCCUAUUGGGCUGGCAUGUAAUGCUGUUGGUGAUGGAGCGGGAAGUUCUGGUUCAAAACUAAAUUCAUUGAGAAGGUCUUAGCACUAUCUGUGUGUAAUCAGUUUGUUCUAUUAAGUAGUUCUCCACAGAACACCUUGACCUUGAUUUGCAAAUUGUUGCAAGUAGAUUGUGAAGUUUUAGAACAGUGAUCGUUAUAAUUUUGCUCUUCUAGACUCUGUGGCUUUCACAAAAUUUCAUUCAGACAAAU